AUGACCAUAAAUUUGAACUCUACAGAACUAAAACUUGAAGCAUCUGGGACAAACGAGCCUGCAGUUAGUGAGUUGGAUGCUGCGGCAACUACGAUUCAGAAAUUCUGUAGGAGUUACAGCACUAGACGAGGCCUUGCAGAUUGUGCUGUUGUGGCUGACGAACUAUGGUGGUUGGACUUUGCUGCUUUGUCACGGUCGGCACGGGCUAGGACAAGGCUGCUGCCAGGUUUUUCCAAGGACCAGAAGGCUCAGAAACUAGCCCUGCAGUACUGGCUUGAAGCUAAAGAGCGGGAGGGAUAUGAAGUGACUGUAGAGAACGGAAAGCAUGUUCACAGACAAUCAGGGAUGCUUGUUGACACAGUAAAAGGCUCUAAGUGGAUGUUUGUGCUCAGCACAUCAAGGGCUUUACACGUGGGGCAGAAAAGGAAAGGUGCUUUUCAUGACUCAAGUUUUCUAUCUGGAGGGGCUGCAGUUACAACUGGAAGAUUAGUUGCCCACAAUGUGGCUAUAUGGCCAUAUAGUGAUUACUUCUAUCUCGCAACUGAAGACAAUUUCAAGGAAUUCAUUAGCUUCCUGCAGGAGCACCAUGUAGACCUAACCCAUGUCGAGAUGUUUGCAACAGAUGAUGAGAACGCGUCAAUCCAAAUUCCUGACAAGUUGUGCUUAGAGCCAGAGAUGAAUAAGAGCGUGGAGUCGAAUGGAGAAGCACCUAUAAAUGACCUGUUCAAGUGUUUGUCCUGCAAGUGGGCAACUGGUGUUGGUCCACGUAUUGGGUGGGUAGGGGAAUACCCAUCAGAGCUACGACUCCGAGCGCUUGAGCAAGUCCGCCUAUCAGCACGACCACAACCAAAGCCAACGGUCCGGGUCUCACCUAGGCUUAGCCCGAAGGCUACUUCGGUAGAGUGGGCCUUCUUACUCACUGGCCUCUGCCUAGAGAUUUUGUCAUUUGCUUUUGACCAGGCUUCCUCCCCAAGUAAGCCCCAAUAUGCACUGUUUGGUAUUGAUAUUGGCUAUUGCAGCUGUACUCAUUUGCAUCUGGGAGCUCAUUUACAAGGGUAA